AUGCCGCGCCUACUGCCACGCGACGGCGCGUUUUUGUCUUUCACUUGGACCACCGUCUUUUACUUCCUUGUACUUAUUGUGCCUCUAGCUUUCUUUGGCACCCCCACCAACGCUGAGGUGGUAGAGGAGGAAAACUGGGGAUCUAUUAUUGGUAUUGACUUGGGAACCACCUAUUCUUCUGUCGGUGUGAUGCAGAAUGGCACGGUCGAGAUCCUAGUCAAUGACCAAGGAAAUCGACUUACCCCAUCGUACGUCGCUUUUACGGAGAAGGAGCGUCUGAUUGGUGACGCCGCGAAGAACCAAUACGCUGCCAACCCACACCGGACCAUCUUUGACAUCAGGCGUCUGAUUGGUCGUAAGUUUGAUGACAAGGAUGUCCAGAAAGAUAUCAAGGCCUUCCCAUUUCAGGUCAUCAAUAAGGAUGGCAAGCCCCACGUCAAGCUCGACAUCAACAACUCCCCUAAGACCCUGACCCCAGAGGAAGUAUGCGCCAUGGUCCUAGGCAAGAUGAAGGAUAUCGCUGAGCGCUACCUAGGCGAGACAGUCACUCACGCUGUUGUCACGGUCCCCGCCUACUUCAAUGACGCGCAGAGACAGGCUACUAAGGAUGCCGGUACUAUUGCCGGCCUCAAAAUCCUCCGGGUGGUCCAUGAACCUACCGCCGCCGCUAUCGCCUAUGGUCUGGACAAGAUGGGCGAGGGCGAGCGUGAGCGCUUAGUCAUUGUCUACGACCUGGGUGGUGGGACCUUCGAUGUUUCUCUCCUGUCUGUCGAGGACGGCGUCUUUGAGGUCCUAGCUACCGCUGGAGAUAGCCACCUUGGUGGUGAGGAUUUCAAUCACCGCGUGAUGGACCACUUCAUCAAGCAGUACAACAAUAGGAACAACGUCGAUGCCACUAAGGACCUUAAGGCCAUAGACAAGCUGAACCGUAAGGUUGAAAAGGCUAAGCGAACGCUUUCCUCGCAGAUGUCCACUCGCAUUGAAAUUGAGGCCUUCUACAAUGGGAGAGAUUUCUCUGAGACUCUUACUCGGGCCGAGUUUGAGGAACUGAACAUAGAUCUGUUCAAGAAGACCCUGAAGCCUGUGGAGCAGGUGCUCAAGGAUGCUAAGGUCAAGAAAUCCGAGGUUGAUGACAUUAUUCUUGCUGGUGGUUCUACUCGUAUUCCCAAGGUUCAGUCUCUUGUGGAGGGGUUCUUCGGUGGCAAGAAGGCGAGCAAGGGUGUUAAUCCCGAUGAGGCUGUCGCUUUUGGUGCCGCUAUUCAGAGUGAUCGGCUCGCUAAUGAUGAUGGUCAUCUACCUCAAUAUCUUAUGGAAGUCAACCCUCUGACACUGGGUAUUGAGACCACUGGAGGUCUAAUGACUAAGCUCAUCCGCCGUAAUAGUGUCAUUCCUAAUCGCGAGUCGCAGAUUUUCUCAACUGCGGCCGACUACCAGCCUACGGUCCUGAUCCAGGUGUUUGAGGGCGAACGGUCGAUGACUAAGGAUAACAACUUGCUUGGCAAGUUCGAGCUGACCGGUAUCCCCCCGGCGCCGCGUGGUGUCCCUCAGAUCGAGGUGUCGUUCGACCUCGACGCCAACGGUAUUCUCAAGGUCAGCGCUAGCGACAAGGCUACUGGCAAGGAGGAGUCGAUAAGAAUCGCUAAAGACAAAGGUCGUCUGACCCAGGAGGAGAUCGAGCGCAUAGUAAUGGAAGCCGAGGAGUUCGCUGAGGAAGAUAAGUCGAUAAAGGCUAAGAUCGAGGCCCGCAACAGACUAGAGAAAUACAAAUUUAGCCUGAAGAACCAGGUCAACGACGAGAAGGGCCUGGGUGGCCAGAUCGAUGAGGACGACAAGCAUGCUAUUGCUUCUACUGAGGACUUCGAGGCUGAGAACUUCGAGGCUGAGAACUUCGAGGAGCAUAAGGAGCAGCUCCCUAGUGUUGCCUACCCGAUCAUCAGCAAGCCCUGCGAUUCUGCCCUAGAGGACGACGAGCCGCUCGGCCAUCACGAACUUUAA